AUGGGUCAGCAUCACCCCAACCACCAAUCCCCACCCAAAACCACAUUUCUACCUCUUCCCAUAAUUAUUUUGUGUUCGUUGGAGAUUUCAAAGUGGCGACUGGGUACGGGGUUGCAGUUGGCAAAGGGGAAGCGUUGUGUUGUGGAGGGAGUGGGGGCAGAGGGAGGUGUGGUGCUGGAGUACCAUAAUAUUCUAUAA